GCAAAUUCCAGCUGCGUAUCUUUCUUGCUAAAUCCUGUGAUUGGCAGAAUCAUUACCUCCUUGGGAAUCGUAAAGUCUGACCAACAAUUGUACCAACUAGCAACUGCAUUCCUUUCCUACAUAUUCAUCCUUCCUUCAGCUCAAUUUGCUCCAUUUCCAUUCUCUUCUCUCACAUUGCACCCGCAUUUAACUUUCUCUCUCCGACGAUCUAAUCGGAAGUCAUUGCCCAAGAAUGGCCUCUGUCAAUCGUUGGUUGAGACCUGAGGUUUAUCCUUUGUUUGCCGCGGUUGGAGUUGCUGUUGGUAUCUGUGGCUUGCAGCUCGUUCGUAACAUCUGCAUCAACCCUGAAGUCAGGGUUACCAAGGAGAACAGAACAGCAGGAGUGCUAGAGAAUUUCUCAGAGGGUGAGAAAUAUGCUGAGCAUUUACUGAGGAAAUACAUUCGUAACAAGUCUUCAGAGAUCAUGCCUUCGAUCAACAGCUUUUUCGCAGAUCCAGAUCGUAGCUAAAACUUCUAAAUAAUUCUGUUUCUAGAAUGACUGCUUUCAAUUUCAUUAUAUUGAUUUCACCAUGAUUUGAUAAACACAUUGCGUUCGAGUUUUCUCCGUUGUAUGAAUUAAGUUGGAAUUCAAACUCGCUUGCUGGUUGUUUUAUAGAUAGUUCUCUUUAUUUC